CUGUUAUUAAAUCAAACCUUAUAUCCCAGUCCAUCCUACUGUUGCAGGUUACAUCCAUAUUCUAAGUUAUUUACACCUACUUAACUGCCAUUAAACACUAUGAGAUACUUUCUGGCCCUAAGCUUACUAGCUUUCUUUCUCCAUAGCACUUAUGCCAAACAAUUCGAUCAGUGGUACCCCUUCUAUCGGAAAUCCCUAACCAUUAUGGAAAAAAACCCUGAAUGCUACAACAACUACGCACGCGACGUCCAGGACCGAGGAGCCUCCGAUCCUGACGUCUGCAAAACCAUGGUCAACUGCCUCAUGACUAACAACGGCGACAUCAACAAGUCCGAUUGGGCCUCCGCAGUGGUCCUGCUCGGCCUGACACCAACGAUCCUGGGACAAUUGGGCUCAGCUCUCAGAGAGAAAGCUCAGCUAAGUUUCCAGAGCCCAUUACUUGGGUUGCUGUGUAUACUUGGCGGGCCUUCAAUCCCGUUCGAGAGGCCGUGGGUAAAAGAGAAUUCCGCGGAUGAGAAGAAACUAAGCCCUUUCGCUUGGAAGGAAAGAAAAAUAAAAUUAAUCAUGGUGCCGAAAUACUUAUUGGCGGUAGGGGCAGCGGCCAACGUUAUUCAUAAUAUGAUUACGCUUGGUCAGCAAACAAUCAUUAGCUGGAAGUGUACCUGGUCGCAUCUCGAGCUUGUGUGGAUUUUUACAGCGUUUGUGCCAGUCUUAUUUGCAGUUGGGGCUAUCUUCUUCAAGAAAAGGGCCAGAUGUUUAAAUUCUGUGUCAAACAUUAUGUGUGCGGCACAUGUUGUUUUUGGGACAUUAAUGCUUUCGUCAGUUCUGUUUAUUGGAACAAUAGAUGCAUUAGUAGUAGUUGUGCGAUUGACUGCUUCAACCUUGGUUUGUCAAUUUAUUACAGUACUGGAAUUAAAAGAUGAAGGGGAUUAGAUAUAAGGAAAAAGCAAGUAUUACAACUUAACUCUUACAGUUACAAUAACAGACCAGUAGAGUUAAUAUUUUCAUUUUUUUCAAUUCUGCGAC